GGCGCGGCGGAAGUGCGCGGCGGCGCUCGGAGCGGCCCGUGCGCCCGGGCCGGGCCACCUGCGUUAAACCACAAACAUGAAGAAAUUAAAGCUUAAAGAACUGGAAAGCUGUCUUCAACAAGUUGAUACUUUUGAAAGUCCAAAGCUACUCCUUGAACAGUACGCAACAAGACCUCAUAUUGCAGCAUGUAUGCUUUACACAAUUCACAAUACUUUUGAUGAUAUCGAAAACAAAACAAUUGCAGAUUUAGGAUGUGGUUGUGGCAUGCUCAGCAUUGGAAGUGCAAUGUUAGGAGCAGGAUUCUGUGUGGGGCUUGACAUAGAUGCAGAUGCACUGGAAAUAUUUAACAGCAAUAUUGAAGACUUUGAGCUCACAAAUGUCAACAUGGUUCAGUGUGACAUCUGUUCUUUAUCUGACAGCAUGUCAGAUGCUUUUGACACAGUUAUUAUGAACCCUCCAUUUGGUACCAAGCAUAACAAAGGAAUUGAUAUGGUUUUUCUGAAAACUGCUCUACAAAUGGCAAAAACAGCUGUUUAUUCCCUUCACAAAACUUCAACACGGCAGCACAUUCAGAAGAAAGCAGCAGAAUGGGAAGUGAAGAUGGAAGUCUUAGCAGAACUUAGGUUUGAUUUACCAGCAUCAUACAAGUUCCAUAAGAAGAAAUCAGUUGACAUUGAAGUGGAUUUCAUUAGAUUUUCUGCCAAGAAAGUCCUGAACUGAGGCAUGUCUUUAAAACCUAUUGAAAAUGGAAAAAUAAAACCACUAAUUUUUUUAA